UUUCAACUGAAUAUAAUUAUUUAACUAGUUUCAUGGCGAAGGAAAAAGAGAAAGAGCUUCUCCUUCUCCUAUAAAUCAAUCCUACACGUAAAACUAGCUAGCUACACUUUACAUAUCAAACAAAUGGGUCGUGUCACUAAUCCACCAGGGGAGAAUCUAGACAACGGUACACCGGUCCAUCAAACCGGCACACCAUUUCAACAAACCGGGGUUCCCGUGAGUCAUUUUGCGCCACCAAAUUAUCAUCAAGCUAAUGUUAACCUAUCUGUCGGGACUCCAUGGAGUACUGGUUUGUUUGAUUGUCAUGAAGACCAAACCAAUGCCAUUAUGACAGCAAUCUUACCUUGUGUGACAUUCGGACAAAUAGCGGAAGUGAUGGAUGAAGGAGAGAUGACUUGUCCGUUGGGAAGUUUCAUAUACUUGUUGAUGAUGCCGGCUCUAUGCUCACAGUGGGUGAUGGGAUCAAAGUAUAGGGAAAAGAUGAGAAGAAAGUUUAAUCUUGUGGAAGCUCCAUAUUCAGAUUGUGCCACUCAUGUCUUAUGCUCUUGUUGCUCUCUUAGUCAAGAAUACAGAGAGCUCAAGGCUAGGAAUCUUGAUCCUUCUUUAGGUUGGAAUGGGAUACUUGCUCAAAGACAAGGACAAUACGAGAGUGAAGCACCAAGUUUUGCUCCUCCAAAUCAAUAUAUGUCUAAGUGAACAUUUAAUCUUUUAGUUAACCUCCAUUUUUAGACAUUAUUUCGGACCGCAAGUGUGUUAUAUGUAUGAAAAUUUGCAAUGCAAGUGUGAGAUUGAUAUUUUUUGUUUAUUCUUCUCCUUUUGGGUAUAUUUCCCGUAAAUUGUUUAUGUUUUCUGAAUAAUAUUAAAACACAUUUACAUAUGUGAAUUUAAAUUUUUGUUGAUGUGGUGGCUUAACUAGUUCUUAAAAUUCGAGUUUAAUGAUGGAUAAAAAAGACUUAUUAUAAAAA